AUGGCUGUCAUGCGUGACCUGAAGCCAAAGAUGGCCCAGGUCCCCAAGCCACAGUCCGAGAUCAGCUCCAUCAUCAGACCAGCUGUGUUGUUACUUGUCAUGUAUCUUUCUCUCGGUGUUGUAAUAUACUCUUUCAACAGGGACAAGUUCUCCGGUACGGAAACCCACCCCGUGAUUGACGCCCUCUACUUUUGUAUAGUCACUAUGUGCACGAUUGGGUACGGCGACAUUGCUCCGGAAACGCCGCUGGCUAAGGUGUUUUCGUGUGUGUCUGUGUUGGUGGGGUUUGGGUUUGGGUUUAUUGACAUCUUGCACAGUGGGGUGGUCAAUUAUGUGCUGGACUUGCAAGAGAACAUAAUCUUGACCGGAAUCCAAAUGAGUCAUCACCACCACCACGACUACGUCUCCACCAUCUGCUCUGCCGCCGACGUCAUCGCGGUCUCACCUUCAUCGGAACCAAUCUCAACUUCUUAUUACUUUGGGUUCUUAUUACUCUAG